CGAUCAGCUAUAUAGUCAGCUCCAGCCCGUGAAGUGCAACUACGAACAAGGCAAAGGCAGCCAUGGCUCUUGCUCUAGGACGCCGCCUGCACCUACUCAUGGUGCUGCUCCUGGCGGGCACCUGCGUUGCACCGCCGCCGCCGCAGUUCUCACCUUCGGAGGCAACGGUAGACGGCGUUAUGGCCAUCUACAACUUCGGGGACUCCAUCUCGGACACGGGGAGCCUCCUCCGGGAAGGCGACACCGGAAUGCUGCGUUACACCACGCGUCUUCCCUACGGCGUCACCAUCGGCCGCCCCACCGGCCGUUGCUCCGACGGCUUCCUCAUGAUCGACGUCCUUGCUAAAGAUCUCGGCCUCCCGCUGCUCAACCCGUACCUCGACAGGCGCGCGGAUUUCACGCACGGCGUCAACUUCGCGGUCGCCGGAGCCACCGCGCUCAGCACGACCGCACUGGCCAACAGGGGGAUCAGCGUCCCCCACACCAACAGCUCCCUUGGAGUUCAGCUCGGAUGGUUCAAGCAGUUCAUGAGCUCCACAACUAACUCCCCUCGAGAUAUACGUAAAAAACUAGCGAGUUCACUGGUGAUGCUGGGGGAGAUCGGCGGGAACGACUACAACUACGUCUUCCUGCAGCCCCGGCGGACGAGCGACAGAUACGACCCGAUCAGCAAUGCCACCCGCAGCGCGGAGAGCUUGGCGCGCGCCCUCUCGCUCGUACCGGAGGUCGUGCAAACCAUAGCGGGCGCAGCCAAGGAGGUGCUGGACAUGGGCGCCACGAGAGUGGUGAUCCCGGGCAACUUCCCCAUCGGGUGCAUGCCGAGCUACCUGAGCGCGGCGACGGCGUCGAACCCCGCAUCGCUGCGCGACAGCUACGGCUGCCUCGUCUCCUUCAACCUCCUGGCGCGCGCGCACAACGAGCGCCUGCAGCGCGCCGUCGCGGAGCUGCGGCGGUCGUACCCGGACGCCACGGUGGCCUACGCCGACUACUUCGCCGCCUACCUCGAGAUCCUCGGCCACGCGCCGCGGUUCGGCUUCGAGGGCGGCGCGGCCCUGCGGAGGGCGUGCUGCGGCGCGGGUGGCGGCGCGUACAACUUCGAGAGUAACAGGCUGUGCGGCGCGCCGGGGACGACGGCGUGCGCCGACCCGAGCGGGCGUCCCAGCUGGGACGGCAUCCACCUGACGCAGCAUGGUUACCGCAUCAUGGCCGAGCUGCUGUAUCGCCGAGGGCUCGCGUGCCCGGUUGCCGUGAAACUCCCAGGCCAGAAGCCUUGCCCGCCCGUGAGUUAAUGGGAGCAACUCUACGUGUAGACUUUAUAGUGAAGUCGUGCCCGGUUGCCGUGAAACUCCCGUGUAUCUCCGAUGUUACGAGAGCAACUCUACCACACCCCUUCGGCAAUAAUCUCUCCCAAAUAAUAACGCAGCCAGUGCUUCUGCCGUACGUUGUGGUUUGUUUGUAAAAAAAAUUCCUCGUUUUUUAGGUAAUUAACCCGUCGUUCCUCUUUAAGUGACUAAAUAGGAAAAUGUUUCGUUCUUAUAUAUUGCCCCUGAAGUUGUCAUAAAUUAUCCACCAUGCCAUCCAUAAGUGAAAAAUAAUAA